CAGAGAGUGGAUCUAUCGCACCAAUUCAUCACCCACAACACUACUGCAUCCAAAGUGUGGUGCUCCAAUCUAAUCUGUUCUUUUGAUUAUCGCACAGUAUACAACCGUCGUUUGCUCUCAAACCCGCUACGCGACCGUCCUAGUGGCCCUGAUCGUUGGCAGUUCGUCUCGACACAGCGCGAUAAGCAGGACCAAAACGAGCACACGGUUUUCUGUACAAACAACAUGGCCACACUAGCUUCGCUGUCGAAAUUUUGCACAUAUCUAGCAAAACCUGCUACGCAAACGUGUUUCCGGGUGCCCAAACGCAACCUGAACCUGUUGGAGUACCAAAGCAAGAAGCUGUUGGAGGAGAGUGGAGUUGCGAUACAAAACUUUCGCAUACUGGAGGGCAAAAAGGAUGCUGAUGUGUUGAAAGAUUUCGAUGUAAACGAGUACGUCGUGAAGGCACAGAUCUUAGCAGGCGGCCGCGGCAAAGGUCACUUCGAUAAUGGUUUCAAAGGUGGCGUACACAUCACCAAGGAUCGCGCAGCUGUAAUCCCGCUGGUAGAGAAAAUGGUUGGCCAUAAGCUUAUAACGAAGCAAACACCCAAAGAUGGAAUUCUCGUGAAAAAGGUGAUGGUGGCCGAUAGUAUCAAUAUUGUGCGCGAAACUUACCUAUCGAUCGUGAUGGAUCGUGAACACAACGGCCCGGUACUGAUCGCUUCACCGGAUGGCGGGAUGGAUAUUGAGGCGGUAGCGGAGGAAACACCCGAUCGUAUAAAAACAAUCCCGAUCAACAUCACAAGCGGAAUCUCCCGGCAGCAGGCCAUCGAUGUGGCCCGGUUUUUGGAAUUUAAGGGUCCGCUGGUGGAAAAAGCUGCUGACGAAAUCACAAAACUGUACGGUUUAUUUACCAAGGUGGACGCGGUACAGAUUGAAAUCAAUCCACUCGCCGAGACGGACGAUGGACGGGUGAUUUCGGUCGAUGCAAAGCUCAACUUUGACGAUAACGCUCAGUUCCGCCAGAAGGACAUUUUUGCGAUGGAAGUACACGAGGACACCGAUCCGAAAGAGAUCGAAGCCUCGAAGUACAACCUCAACUACAUCGCGAUGGAGGGCAAUAUCGGAUGUCUCGUUAAUGGGGCCGGUCUAGCGAUGGCUACCAUGGACAUCAUCAAGUUAAAUGGUGGCAGUCCGGCCAACUUUCUGGACGUCGGUGGCAACGUGAAGGAGGACCAGGUGCUAAAAGCAUUCCAAAUCCUUACCUCGGACACGAACGUGAAAGCGAUCUUGGUGAAUGUGUUCGGAGGCAUCGUGAACUGUGCCACGAUUGCCAAUGGUAUCGUAAACGCGACCAAAACGAUGAACCUACAAGUGCCAUUGAUCGUACGGCUGGAGGGAACGAAUGUGCAGGCCGCAAAGAAGAUCCUGGAACAGUCUGGGCUUGAGAUUCAAUCUGCGCAUGAUCUUGACGAGGCAGCAAAGAAAGCGGUUCAAUCGAUUUGA